GGCGGCGCCGGUUCCCACCCGGAGCGGCAGGGAGGGCGCACGGCCUGUCCUUCGCCGGCGGUCGCAAAGGUGUCUUGAAGGGCUGCGGGGGAGGGGAGGGAGACGCGGUGAUGGCUGCGCUGCCCGUUUCUUGCGUGGUCCCGCGAGGCUUGUUCCUUUCAAGGGCCAUUGUGGGGUGCACCGGUCCUACCCGCUUGCUGCAUCAGACUUCUUCGGCUGUGUUGUUUUCCUGCAGCUCUGUCCAGACCCAGGAGAAGAGCAGUGCCGUUGUUCAGAAGAAGCCGGCGCUUCCCAGCAGUCGAGGAGAAUACGUUGUCACCAAGCUAGAUGAUUUGGUCAACUGGGUUCGUCGAAGCUCCUUGUGGCCAAUGACUUUUGGCUUGGCUUGUUGCGCUGUCGAGAUGAUGCACAUGGCCUCUCCCCGCUACGACAUGGACCGCUUCGGAGUGGUUUUCCGUGCCAGUCCCCGGCAAGCUGAUGUCAUGAUUGUGGCCGGCACCUUGACCAACAAGAUGGCCCCUGCCCUUCGGAAGGUUUAUGAUCAGAUGCCUGAGCCACGUUACGUGGUGUCCAUGGGGAGCUGUGCCAACGGUGGAGGUUAUUAUCAUUACUCGUACUCCGUGGUGCGGGGCUGUGAUCGGAUCGUGCCUGUGGACAUCUACGUGCCAGGCUGUCCUCCUACGGCUGAGGCGCUCCUGUACGGCAUCCUGCAGCUCCAGAGGAAGAUUAAGCGAGCGAAAGCUAUUCAGAUCUGGUAUCGGAGGUAACAGGCUUGUUUGCAAGCUGCCAUGUUGAAAGUGGCCGCCCUAACUGUAGUUUUAGCGCACCCUUUAAACCGCUCUGCAUAAAAUUUGUCAAUAAAGCUAGGAUUAUUGUA